CUUUUCUGAUCAGUCUGGUUCUGCAGCUGAAUUGGAAAGUUCACAUGACCUGCUGUAAUGCUGUUGCAUUUCAGAGUUUGCAGUGACUCUGGUGGUGCUAGAGUUCUAUAUCUGAGACAGCUCUUCUUCUUCUGAAUGCUCAUGAGCUUUUCACUUAAACCAACCACAAGUGAGCCCACCCAUUUUGCUACUCUGCCUUUUGUCUCCGUCUCUCGUGUCUCUAUUGCCUCCUCCGUCCCUCUUGAGCAACACCAGCUGACAACUUCAGCAGGAUAUUUUAACACUUUUUUGGGGGGCUAUCAUAGAAAGUGCUUGAGAUAUGACAGAGUGUGGAUAUCCAUCUGUGUAUGUGGUGGACACCCAUACCACCAGGCCUCCUCCGCUGCCACCCAGACUGAAACAGAAACAAGACCGUUCCGGGACAGUUCAGACCCUGUUGUUUCUGCUGGUGAGCUUGGCACUGUGCGGCAUGGUCAUUGAAGCCGUUUUGAUCUUCCGCCUCCACAAAACCGAAUCUGUGAGUAUCAGCUUCAUCUUCUUUGAGUCUGUGCACCUGUUAAACACACCUCCUUAAAUGUUAUCCUCUAACUUCUUAUCGUCUCGGAUUGUGCCUCUUUUAUUUCUCACUUUAUUCUGAAAUCUAAGCUCAUUCAUCAUCAUCUUGUUCUCAUUUUCAAUGUCCUCUUCCCUUUUUUCUUUACUGUCACCGAAACCUCCAAAACUCCUGUUAAGAUUGAAGUUGAAACUUAAAUUUUCUGUUUUUUCUUUGGACUUUUUUUUAGAUGUUUAUUUUCUUGAAAAUAAAACAAGACUAAACUAUUUGAUCUUUGAUCUUAAAUGAAACUAUUUGAAUUGAGUUAGACACAUGUUGAUAGAAUUAAAGAAAAAUGCCAUUUUGGGAUAUUUUAAAGUAUUAUUAAAGCACAUGGCAGACAUUGCUCACGAGAAAGUAGAGAGGACUUUUUAUUAUUAUUAUUUUAUUUGAUUUUAUUUUUUUAAAUAUUUUUUUCUUCAAAAAAGGACUAAACUAUUUGAUCUUUAAUCUCAAAAUUACUACUUGAAUUGAGUUGGAAACAUGUUAAUAAAAUUAAAGCAAAAUGCCAUUUUGGGAUAUUAUAUAGUAUUAUUAAGGCACACAGCAGACAUCGCUCAUGAGAAAGUCGCCAAGACAUUUUAAACUUUGAAAGUUUUGAGUAUAAAAUAAAUACAUGGUGGACGUAUACGGGCUGUCACCGUGUUGAAACAUUGAAAUAUCUACACACUUCACAGGUGUACAUGACACCUGCCUGAAACCAUUCGCAUUAAUAUCUUCAGUCAACCACCUCGUGAUAUCAACAAGUGUUAUGACAUCUGAUCAUAUGAGCGAUUGUUUUUUUUUUUUCGUUUUCUAUCUCAAAACUGCUGACGAUUAAAUUAUUUUACUAUUAAGAGGAAGAACCUACGCACAUUUGGAGAAGUACAUGAUAGCCCGGCCCAUUUACAGGGAAAUUCAUUCAAGUCCAGAUAGAGCAAGGGUUGCAGACUGGAUUUUCCAUGAUGGCAAAUGGACAUUGCUUUAUUUCAGUGUGACUCAGUUUCCUUUUUUUUUCUCUGGAUGCUUUGAGGGCAGCAGACACUGGUCAGAUAAACGGAGGGAGGGGUGGGCAUGGCUCUCUUGGUUUGACAUCAUUUAGCAUACGGGGUUUAUAUUGAACAAUAAGUACUCUUCUGUGAAAGGACAAUGGAAAAAAGGAAGUGGUGUAUAUCCUGUUGCAUGAGAAUCGGCGGACUUAGAAGCCUUUCCGACUUUGCACUAUAAGAUAACCUCAAAGUCAAACUUAAAAAAAAUUUGAUCUUUUUAAAGAUCUUUUAUACUCACUCUUCUGAGUUGUUUACAAAUAUUAAACUUCCCCUCGGGGAUAAAUAAAAUUCUUCUUAUCCUCACUUUACUUAACUUAAUUUAACUUAACUUAAUGUAACAUAACUUAUCUUAUCUCAACUUAACAUAAUUUAACGUAACUUAACUUAUCUUAUCUUAACUUAACAAAACAUAACUUAACUUAUCUUAUCUUAACACAACUGAACAAAACAUAACAUAACUUAACUUAUCUUAACUUAACAAAACAUAACUUAACUUAUCUUAUCUUAACACAACUGAACAAAACAACAUAACUUAUCUUAACUUAUCUGAACUUAAGUUAACAUAACUUAACUCAAUUUAACUUAACUGAACUUAUCUUAACUUAUCUUAACUGAACUGAACUUGACUUAUCUUAACUUAACUUAUCUUAUCUUAUCUUAUAUUAUCUUAUGUUAAACUUCUAUUGACAUGGAUUGCCAUUGAUUCCUUUUUAAAUUAUUUUUGCAGUCGGACUCCUCAGGAUCACACUCCAAGAUCAUUGGCGGUAAUUUUCAACAAUUUUUUGCUUGAAUAAAAAGUGCUUUACAGUCUUUGUCAGAGUUAUCAUGCCUGUUUUUUUUUUUCCACACAGACGUCAUUCCCGCUGAGCGUCGACGUGACAUUCUUCCUUCCAAACCACUUGCACACCUGACUGGUGAGAUCAUUGUUUAUUAUUCAUCUAUUUCUGCAGCAGGUGAUUAUGAUUGCUGUAUCAAUUGAAGAUUUUGUGGUGGGAUGAUAAAUCUCAGUGGUGAAAUGACCACACAGUGGCCUGAGCAAAUAUACAGUCCACUGUUUCAAAUGACUCAGGCCUCAUUUUGCUCUUGUUUGCUUCCCAGAUGGACAAGAUGCUGUCUAUAAAAACCAGUACCUGGCAUGGAGCAAUGGAGACCCACUCAUCCAUGAGAUGAUCUACAAAGACAGAAGUCUCAUCAUUCAGAAGGAGGGGUAUUACUAUGUCUACUCCAAGGUUACCUUCACAGACAUCAGUCCAUUUAACCACUCUGUUCAUGUAAAAACUAAACGGUACAAAGGGAAAAGUAUUCCCCUCCUGGCCUCCAGGAAAAACCCAGGCAUCCACACCUACAGCAGGGAAGAGUUGGGCAAUCAGAAAUCCAACAGUUUCCUUGGUGGGGUGUUUCACUUCUACGAAGAUGAUGCCAUUUUUGUGAAAGUUAGCAAUUCCUCUCAAGUUGUGAGACACAAACCCGAGGAGAACGUCUUUGGAGCUUUUAUGCUAUGAAUAUUACUCUGAUACUCUCAAAUUCAUCUGCGAAUGUAAGAGUAAAAAAAGAGGAUAAAAUGUCUCAGGGACUGAUGAAUCUCUCUGCAAUGAAAAGAGGUCAGUUACAGGAAGGAGAGGGAGGUGUGAAACAGCUUUGUAGCUUUGAGGUUUAAGACCAUCAGGCUGAGGACUGUACUUGUGGCUUUCUUAAGGGGUGAAGCUUUUUCAUUUUGAAUCAGGGUUGACGGUGUGACAUUGUUUCACACUGUUCUUUCAGAUCAGGAGCCCUUUAUAAGCUCUCUUGUAUAUACAGAACUAUCCAAUGUGUAUUUUAUGAAUUGCUUGUUCUUAUUGAUUUACAUUAAUCACAGAUUAUAAACACAAAUGUUAGAAUUUACACCUAAUUUCUAUCAUGUCUUUUCAUACCUGUCAUAACAUGUAAUCUGUAUGUUUAUUUAUUCCCUUUGUGUCAAAGUAAAUUAUGUAACUGCUUUGCAAUUUUAAGUGUAUAUGUUUAAUAAUGUAUAUAGGAACAAUUCAAUAAAUAAGUAUUUGUUAAAAAGUCA